AUGGUUUUCCUACCUGCGAAAGAGGCAGGCACUUUGCCGCCUAUCCCGGACAGUAUUCCGCUCAGUGAAUUCAUGCUUACAGAUCUGUACGGGCGGAACCCUCUGGGUUACUCACGGGACCCUUUCACCUGUGGCAUUACCGGAAAGAGCUUCUCUGCACUAGAAGUGGUGGACCGCGUCGAUUACUUGUCUCGCGCUUUGUCCAAGGAACUAAAUUGGAGCCCAAACGCAGGAACCGAGUGGGAUAAGACAUUAGCAAUCUUCAGCUUGAACACCAUCGAUACCUUGCCACUGUCAUGGGCCGUCCACCAGCUUGGGGGAUUGGUGUCCCCAGCGAACGCAGCCUACUCGGCUGCCGAGCUAAAGUAUCAGCUGCUCGAUUCUAAGGCCAAAGCACUAUUCACCUGUCUCCCUCUACUGCAGACCGCUCUCGAGGCCGCUUCCCUCGCUGGGUUGCCCAAGGAUCGCAUAUACUUGUUGGAAGUCCCACCACAGCUCACGCCCGGAGUCAAGGCUCCAGCACAAUUCAAGACAGUUUCACAAUUCAUUGAAGAGGGAAAGUCACUUCCGAAGGUUGAGAGGCUGAACUGGGCCGCCGGAGAGGGUGCUCGUCGCACCGCCUUCCUCUGCUAUUCCAGUGGGACAUCCGGGUUGCCAAAAGGUGUUAUGAUUUCUCAUCGCAAUGUAAUUGCAAAUGUGCUUCAAAUACAGGCCUUCGAGGCCACUUGGCGCGACUCCCUCAAAGCUCCCGGAACUCAAGGCAACCACACCGAGGUGGCAUUGUGUCUGCUUCCUCAGAGUCACAUCUAUUGCCUGGUGGUUAUCUGCCAUUCUGCUCCUUUCAGAGGCGAUCAGGCCCUUGUUUUACCCAAGUUUGACUUGGAGCUUUAUCUAGCUUCUAUUCAAAACUUCAAGAUCUCGUCAUUGUUCCUGGUCCCUCCGAUCAUCAUCAACAUGCUGCGCAACCAUAAAAUUUGCGCGAAAUACAACCUGAGCUCAAUCAGGAGUAUUUUUACUGGCGCUGCGCCCUUAGGUGUGGAAACGGCCGAAGACUUUCAGAAACUUUACCCGAACGUAAUAAUUCGGCAAGGAUACGGUCUGACUGAGACAUCAACUGUGGUGUGCUCGACUCACCCAACCGACGUCUACCUAGGUUCAUCUGGCACCCUCCUUGCCGGUGUUGAAGUACGCAUCGUGACCCCCGAAGGUGAGGAGAUCACAAGUUACGACACGCCUGGUGAACUGGUGGUCCGCAGUCCGAGUGUUGUUCUGGGAUACCUAAAUAACGAGAAGGCAAAUCGGGAGACCUUUGAGGAUGGGUGGAUGCGGACGGGCGACGAGGCCGUAGUCCGCGUGGGCCCGAAGAAAACAGAGCACGUCUUCAUUGUUGAUCGUAUAAAGGAGCUCAUCAAAGUCAAGGGAUUACAAGUGGCUCCAGCCGAACUGGAGGCUCACCUUCUCACCCACCCCGCUGUUGCUGACUGUGCUGUCAUCGCCAUCCCCGACGAGGCGGCCGGGGAAAUCCCAAAGGCCAUCGUGGUCAAGUCACCUUCUUUCCGUGGCAGUGACGAGGAGGCUAUCCAGUCUAUCAAGAAGCAUGUUGAGGACCACAAGGCCCGGCACAAGUGGCUCAAGGGCGGUGUUCGUUUCAUCGACGUUAUUCCCAAAAGCCCCAGUGGAAAGAUUCUUCGCCGAAUGCUUCGUGAUCAAGAGAAGGAGGCAAGGAGGAAGGCCGAUCCUCACCGCGCCGACGACGACGCCUACAUUGAAGCCGAUGAAGCCGAUGAGAUUAUCAACCGCGAUGAGGACCACCCCAUGGAGUCCGAUGGCGAAGACGAGGAUGGAGACCAGCCUAUGACCUACGAAGAACAAGAAAUCACUCUGGAGAAUGACUCUUCCGCCCAUUUCGAUAGCCACAACGACUCCGUUUUCUGCAUUGCCCAGCACCCCAUCCACAACAACAUCGUAAUCACUGGCUCCGGAGACGAUACCGCUUACAUCUUCGAUUCGACGCCUAAUGAUGAGCGCCCCGUCCUUCCCCCCAGCUACGAAUCGGACCCGCAACCCAGGCGCGAGCGGGAUUCUCUUAAGCCCAUCCUUAAGCUUGAGGGCCACGCCGACACCGUGAACGCCGUCGCAUUCACAGAGCCCAAGGGCGAGUUUGUUGUCACAGCAGGAAUGGAUGGUAAGCUGCGUGCUUACCGCGACACUACCCCCCAGGGAACCGGCCUCGCAUGGCAGUUCCUCGCGGAGGUUCAAGAAGUGGAGGAGAUCAACUGGGUUGCUGUCUGCCCUUGCGAGAAGGGCGACGAGGAGAAGAGCAACAUCAUUGCUCUGGGUGCCAACGACGGUAGCGCUUGGGUGUUCCGCAUCGACCCCAGGGACGCCGCGGCUCCUAUCUCCAUCAUUCAGUCGUUCUUCCAACACACCGGUUCUUGCACGGCGGGUGCCUGGACCCCCGAUGGAAAGCUGCUGGCGACCGUCUCCGAGGACGGUAGCUUCUACGUUUACGAUGUCUUUGGCGCCGCUGCCGCUGCUGGCGUCUCCUACUCCCCGGGUACUAGCGCGGUCGUCGGUCUGACUGCGGAGGACCAGCGCUUCGCCGUCGAGGGUGGUCUGUACUCCAUCGCCAUCUCCCCGGGCGGUGCUAUCGCCGCUGUUGGUGGUGCUGAGGGCAAUAUCAAGGUCGUCGGUCUUCCCCGUUUGGCGCCGGCUGGCGGUGCCGCUGCUUCCAAGGCGAAGGGCAAGGGCGCUGCUUCACAGGCGACUGCCUCCGCUGCCGGCACUCUCCUCGCCUCUCUCCAGGCUCAGAGUGACGGUGUUGAGACUCUCUCUUUCUCUUCCCCUCCUCUGACCCUUCUUGCGGCUGGCUCCGUGGACGGCUCGAUCGCCCUGUUCGACGCUGCCCAUCGCUUCGCAGUCCGUCGUCACAUCAAGGAGGCGCACGAGGGCGCCGUGGUUAAGGUUGAGUUCCUGCAGAGCCGUGCUCCUGCCACCCCCUUGCCUCGUCCCAGCCCGCUGGCUGCCGCGACGGCCGGCCAAGGCCAACCGUGGCUGCUCACCUCUGUGGGUAUGGAUGGUAUUGUCAGACGCUGGGAUGCCCGUGGAGGAACUGCGGCUGCUGCCCAGGGUUUGUUGAAGGAGUGGAAGGGCCACUUGGGUCUUGUUGAGAACUCGGAGGGUGAACAAUCUGGCGGUAUCAUGGGCUUUGUUCAGAGCUCGGAUGGUAAGCGGGUUGUUACGGCCGGUGAUGACGGUAUUACUCUGGUAUUUGAGCAGUAG